CUGAGUCGAGUAAGCUGCUAACGCAUUUUUCAUCCAGCAUGUCGGUCAGUCGGAGAAACUGGUCUGCAUUGUCCAGUUUGGCACGUCAGUGGACAAUGGAGGACGAGGAGGAGGCAGAGAGAGAGAGGAGGAGGAGGGUGAAAAGCUCCAGCAGCACUUGUGACCUGGAGGAGGACAUCAGUCCAGCACCCACAGACCAGCCCACUACCAACCAUGUUGCAGACUCCCUACCUGAAACAGCUCCAAGCUCCAGCAGUGCCGAGCAGAUGCAAGUGGACUUCAUGGAAAUGCUGCGUGUUCGUGAUGAAAAGCAGAGGGUGAGGCAAGUGGAGACCCUGCGGCAUCAGAGGAGGGUUGAAGAGAAUGAAGAGGCGACUCCUUACGUCCCUAAAAACUUCAGCGGUAAAAGGAGCGCAAAAGUCACAAACAGAGAGCAGGAAAAUGGAGAACCAUCGGGGAAUGACCCAGUGUCAAGGUCGCCAUCCACCCCAACUCCCAAGUUUAUCAGUUCUGUCUCCAUCUCAAUCGACAAGAGCCCCACUUCUCCCAAGAGCUCCCUCUCUCUGACAGACCCCGGGUCACCCACAGACCUCUUGGUCUCAGCCUGUCAGAGUCCCACUUCCAAUGGACAUGGAGAGGUUUUCCAGACCAGUGAUCUCAGCUCUUCAAUUAACAACAGCGCUGAACAGGCAGUCACACCUGUGUUCGUCAGAAAGAGCUCCAGGACCAUAUCAUUCAGGAUGUUGAGGAAGAAAGAGGAGGAGACUUCGCCACUGCAGAGAAGUUCAAGUGUCAGGAUUGCAUCAAAGAAGUUUGAAACCAACACGGUAAAAAAUCCAGCGGUCAAUGAGCAAAAAUCAUCACCUUUCCAGAGGAACUCUGUGCAGAGAGUCUCAUCCAGGUCCAUCCAGGAGAAGAUGGAGAUGCUGGCCCAGGCUGCACAGAAAUCAGGAACUCCUCGAUCUCCAGAUGUGAACCAGAGAACCUUCUACCUGCUGGACGAGGUGUCCAGGAAGAGAAGCCUCUUUGAGAAGGAGCAGCAGGCAGUGAAACCAACAAGCCCUUCCAAACACGUAAGCAGGAAUUUCGAGGCUUCGCGUCAGGUAUUUCGAGCAGGAUCAACCGUUGGCUCGACAGCACCAACCAAACUGGAUGUUCCUCUAGUCCCACGGACUUAAAACAUGUGGACAUCACCAGCAAGAGGAGUUUAUUUGAGGACAGAAGCCAUGACAGUGACGUCACAAAGUCCAAACCGUGAAACAUCUAUAUGUGAAAGUAUUUCAAGAUCAUCUUCUUCAUUUGGUUGAAAAAAGGAAAAGAAAGAAGUUACACAUCACUUUGUUCAUGGUUUUAUUUAUAGGGAAAAAGUAGGAAAAUAGCAUAAGACAGAAACAUUUAUUUCCUGAACAUUUUUGUCUUUUUUUUAAUCUUCCCUGCCACUGUAACCAAAUUGUGAAAUAUUUGAAACUAAAACAUAAUGAACUCAUUUGAAAUGUAGUUGCUGCAAUCACUCUUUGAUGGGAUGUGACAAUAUUGUUUAACAUUAAACAGUGUUGGGAAAAUAUACAUCUUGUUUGCCUUAACGAAAAGACCAUUGCAUGUGAAGCACUUUAAAAAAAAAUUGUUAAGACUGUUUUGUUUUGGUUUGUUUUUUUAAUGAAAGCUCUACUCUUGUGAAAUAUUGUGUUCUAAAUGCCUUCAUGGGAAAGUCACAAC